AACAUGCUUACGCCGAUGCCGGUGUCAAUAAAACCGCGUCCUGUUAUUGUCAACUGAUAAUUUAAAAUUGAAUUUCACCGAGUAUACUCGUUUGUGAUAAGGAGAAUAGUGUUAUAUUCCAGAAAAGUUGUCUUUGCGUUUCAGGUACCGAAAAUGAAGCGGUGCUUUAUAUUUGUAUGGGCAAUUUUCUCUGCAACUCUUAUUACUGAAACUACUGCAGCUAGCGGUUCUGUUGAAUUGGAUGAGUAUUCUUUUCAUAAAGUUAUCAAAAAAUUUGAAGCUUCACUAGUAAAGUUUGAUGUAGCAUUCCCUUACGGAGACAAACAUGAUGCAUUCGUGGCUCUCGCUAAGGACUCAAAAGACGUUGAGGAUCUAUUAGUGGCUGAAGUUGGAGUUAAAGAUUACGGGGAAAAAGAUAACGAAGAGCUCGCUAAGAAGUAUGGUGCUACGAAAGAUAAUUUCCCAAUAGUUAAGCUAUUUGUUAAAGGCAAAAAUGAGCCUAUACUGUUUGACGACUCAAAGGGAUUCUCAGCUGAUGAGUUGCGCCGGUUCGUCCGUGAAAAAACUGGCCUGUAUUUAAGUUUACCUGGGUGCGUUAAGGAACUUGAUAAGCUUGCUGCUAAAUUCAUAAAUGCUGAUCAGGACAAAAAGAAAGAAAUAUUAAAAGAGACAAAAGCAGCUCUAGAGAAAAUUCCAGAGAAGGAUUCUGUUGCUGGAAAAAUUUACAAACUGAUCAUGGAAAAGAGUCUAGAAAAGGGUGAUGAAUUUACUAAAUUAGAAAAUGAAAGAGUUAAGAAACUUCUAAAUGGUAAAUUAUCGGAAGAAAAGAAGAAGGAAUUGGGUAUCAGGCUUAAUAUUCUGCAAUCUUUCCAACUUGUUGAUAAGCAAAAAUCUCAUUUGAAAGAUGAUUUGUGAAUUUAGAAAUACAUUUAUAUGGUUAUGCCGCUACUUGAUUAUUUAAACCAACCAAUAUUUGGUCAAACAUUUUAUGUAUGAGAAUAUUUACAAUCACAAGUUUACUACCACCAUCACAUCUGUUAACUUCUCAUUCAUAUAACAAAUUGUAGGAUUCACUUCAAUUUUUUAAUGUUAAAGGAAUUCAAGGGUUCAAGUUUUAUUAAAUUAUUUAAAAGUGGUAUACCAACAAAAUGACCAAAUCUCAAAGAAUAUUUAAUAUUUGAUAAUCAGAUUGCUAUUUAUACAAAACAUGUUUUUUUGUACAGGUUUUCAUUCCAUCCACUUAUACUUUAAUGUUUUACUUAUAGGAUAAUUAAAUGUACCAAAGGAAGAGAAUGAUUUAUUUAUAAUUAGUUUUAGGACUUGCAUUUAAAUUGUAAGGUAUUGCAUCCUGUUGGCACCAUGAAAAAAAUGCUUAUUCUCUGUGAAAGGUUCCAACACAAUAAAAUAUGAAAAACCA